AUGGGUAAUCUACCUAAGCAUCGUGUAACACUCGAGAGGCCUUUCUUCAACUGCGGAGUGGACUAUGCCGGUCCUAUUUCAAUCAAAUUCAACAAGGGUCGUGGAGCAAAAUCAACCAAGGGUUACAUUGCUCUAUUUAUUUGUCUCGCUACUAAGGCACUACACAUCGAGGCAGUGAGCGAUUUAACCGCUGAUGCAUUUUUAGCUGCUUUGCGUCGCUUCAGUGCUAGACGAGGAGCUCCAAGUCACAUUUACAGCGACAAUGCAACAAACUUCGUUGGGGCUAAUCGAAAGCUCAGCGAAAUACAACGAUUGUGGGCUUCACUUCCUAAGAACGAAGCCGUUGCUCAUCAUUUAACUCAAGCAUCAAUAGAAUGGCACUUUAUACCUCCAGCAUCUCCUCAUUUCGGAGGAAUUUGGGAGGCCGCAAUUAAAUCAACCAAAUAUCACUGUAAAAGAGUAAGGUGA